AUGGACAUUUCCUCAUCUGACGAGAAUACUACACCUCCACCCAAAGAAGUCACAAAUUCAUCAUCUCAAGCUUCUUCAAAUCCCGAGUUAUCACCAAAUUCAUCCAAUUCCACAGAAACAAAUUCUCAACCAUCUAGUAAUAGACUUCAGAUAGAUGACAUCUAUAAUUUAAAUGAAUCACAAAAGGCUGCUUUAGAUAAAGCAAAAGCCUACAUAAGAGAAAUACAAACUGUGUUAUUGCAAACAAUUGAUAAAAGAAAUGACUCACCACCAAUUGAUUUUUAUUAUUUUUCAACUUCUAACCUGGGAUUAACAUCUGGGAUAAUGGAUCUUCGAUCUAUAUCU